GAACGUGUCACAGUUACAGUGUCAUGGCGGUUUAGGUUUUAGUUUGUGAACGCCAUUUGUAUGUGGACUGUGUUGGGCAAUUGUAUGUAGCGUUGUGUACUUUUUAUAUAAAUACAGUUUUAGUAAUGAACCAUGGUUUGCAACGAGGAGGUAUAUUCUUGGUUUCGGAACUUACGAGGAUCCAAACGAAUAGAAGCUAUGUGUUGCUUUUUAAACAUGUGUUAUCCAUUAGAACUGCGAUUUUAUGGAACGUGCCUGGAGGAUUUAGGGAGGAAGGAUUUCUAUGUUUUAAAAGACGACGAAAUCAAAGCAAAUGAUCUUACAGAAGUUUUAAAAAUCAGGAACAUUCAUGAUAUGAAUACUCGAUGUAAACUCAUCGUUACGCUAAGCCUACUUAAUUCUACAAAUACUAUUUGUGCUAGGGAAUUGUUCAAGGUUUUAUCUGAAGAAAUAAAAAUUGAAAUUUUAGCGUCAAUGGGAGUUCUUUCCGAUUUCAAGUUGUUGGAACAUUAUUUAUUAGUAUUAACUCUUGCUCAGCAUCAUCCUGCUUUUACCUUUGAGCAACAAACAUUUCUAAUUAAUCUGAGUCAAGCUUUGGAAACUUACGUAACUGAUUUGUGUUCGAAAGGAAAAUAUGAGGAAUCUUACCUGCCAAGUUCUUAUGUGCCCGGAAGAGUACCUUCUCAUGGCAUUCCAGAAAAAGUAUUUUCUAAUGUGCCCUAUUCAUAUCGCCAUACAACACCCAGGUGUUCGGAAUCUCAACACAAUCAAGCUCAGAUUACAAGUCUGAAAGUGAAGCCACCACAUAAGAAGACUUGCUUACGAAUUAGGGUUGCUUGGGGAAACAAUAAAGUUACAGAUGCCUUUAAAACGCCUCAUGAUCUGCUUGUCUUCCAUCAAAAGUUAGUGCAGUUAUUUCCAACUGAAGCAAAGAAUAACAAUCAAGAGAAAUGUAUUCCGCCCCUUCCCCAUGUAAUUGGAUCUUGGAAUAAACAAAGUAAUAUUACAGAUUGUGUUGCAAAUGCUGCAAGUGAAUACAUUCAGCAAUUAAAUUCUCGCCUACCAAGUUAUGUUGUAGAAACUGACUUUUUUAGAAGCUUCUUCAUGCCUUCAUAUCCAAAUAGAGCUGCACUUAACAGAAACAGUAGAAUUGUAGAUAGUGGAUCAAUGGAUGUGCCUCAAAGGAACUCUCGUUUGCGUUCUUUAACUAUUUACAACUCUCGAAUGUCUGAUAAUUCACCCAGGCACCAUCCUGAAAAUAGGCAAAAAAUUUUGCCUAUUUCUCAAAGAAAACAAUACGAAAAUGGAAGUAGUAUGUGUUCGAGGCCAUCCCCUUUGAACUCGCCUAUUGAAUCUCCACUUUCUUCACCAUAUGCUUCUCCUUUGAAUUCGGAAACAAAUUCCCGAGCUCCAUCUCCGUGGAAUAUUCCGCCUCCAAAUGUGGGCUAUAGUGCAAGCAGUUCCUGUAAUGCCUGUCCUGAAUCACCAGGAAUGGAAAAGAUACAACCAAAAGAAAUUGCAGAUCAAUGGGAUUCAUUUCAAAAUUACAAAUUUGAAGAGCUUCAAGCCAUGCCUGUUCAAGAACUGGAAGCCUUAGGCAUUAUCAAAGAUACAGGAGUAAAAUUAGCUAAAGAUCCUGAUUGUAAAAGCCCUCCCAAUGGAAUAAUUGGCUGUUACAUUCCCAAAAGUGCUCUCUAUGUGAAAUCUGGUCCACUCCUACAUAAUAGCAAUGACAGCUCACCAGUAUGCUCUGAGUAUUCAAGUCCGCCACAGAGUCCUUCACCUGGUGAAACUUGUAAUCAAAGUAGUUCUCUCAGUUCUGGCAAUGAAGAAAACACAGAAAAAAGAUCUCUGUCUAAAACUCUAAGUGAAAUGUGCAAAGUAGAUGAGACAGCAGCAACAGUUUCUGAUUCACCUUUUAAACGAACAGAUGACGAUUCUGUCUGUAUGAAAGGGAAUCCAAAUCGUUCUUCUGUAUCUGUCAUUCCUUUUGCUGUUCCUUAUAGCUCUAUUGUUACACCAAUUCCUCCACCCCAAAGUAUGAAGCCUGCAUACUUACCUAUUACAUGCCGAACAAAUAGUGGACCCCAGCAUCUUAGCCCAGGUGCUGUAGUUUUUGAUAAUCAAUUUUCAAGGGUUCCCUUGUGCCUCCCAAGUGCUCUUACUACAUUUUUGCCAGGACCACAAAGAACUCAUGCUGCAACUCCAGACAGAGUGUUAUCUCCCUCUAGUCUGCCAAUUUCAACGGUAUCCCCAUUUCCUGUUGUGACAUCUGGGUGCACAACUGUUCCCAGUGCCAGUUGCAGCAUCACUACUCAUAGGAGUAGUAAUGUGACUGCUGUGACUCACUCAGGAGCAUCCAGCAAUAGAUAUACGCCUAAGAAUUCAAAUGUAGCAAGGGACAGUGAUAUUGUCAGUAAACCUGUACAACAGACUGCCGAUGGCCCUUAUGCAACUGGUUAUAUUUUGAACACUUCUACACAGUUGACUGCUGUCUCAUGUUCGUGCUUUACAACAAAUUCUGCUCGGCCAUCACCUGCUCCUUCACCAUCUGUUAUGUCUCCAGGAGCUACUCCUCAGCCUUCUGCUGUGCCAGUUUCCAUGUCUUAUCUUGGAAUGCCAACUUGGAACUUGUUUCAUUCCAUACCAUUCCUUCAGGCACAAACACCAGCAAAUGGUUUUGUUCCACAAGCUGGAAUGACAAAUUCUGGACAAGGUUUUAGUUAUACUUUGCCAAAUGGAAUGACUGCAAUAUCCCCAGAGCUUAUAUAUCCAGGACAAACUUUUACGAUACAGUCCCCAUCCACUCAGAGUCCAGUUGCUGCUACUCCAGUAACACAAUGUUAUGGAGCAUUUCCUCAGACUGCUGCACUACCUGUGAAAUUGGGAACUUGCUAUAAUUGUGGAAAAGUAGGCCAUCGUGGGCCAGAAUGUAAAGAGCAAACAAUGGAUGAUAUGAACAAGUCAGGUAAAUUCCAGUUAAAUUACAAUCCUGUACCAAAGAUAUCUGAUUGUCAUGAGUAGUUCUUGCAGACAUUUCUCAUGAUGCUGGAAGAAUAAAAGUUAUGUGUUUUGUGUUUAAAAUGCUUAGCUAUUUUGGCAAGCUGGAAAUUUAUUUAUUCUGCUUCUCUGUAUUAUAGUCAUCAAUAAUUCUUGAAGCACUGUUAACUGUCUUGUUACGUUUCAAAAUACCUGACAGAUUUUUAAAAUCUGCGGUUGUUUUGUGUGUCUUUAUUAAAUGAGCUAAAUAUAUUAUAAAUAAUAAAAGAAAUCUAAAGUAAAAAUGUAAAUUUGUACAUAUAUCUAUCUAUAUAUAUUUGAUUUUUUUUUUAUUUUGUUUUGUUUUAAUGCCUUCUUCCUUAAUCUUUACUGAAAUAAAGAACACAUGCCUGUCUAUAAAUUGUAAUAUACCAAAAAAAUAAGCUGAUUGACAUUGUUUCUAGUCUUUAAAUAAAGUAAAUUAUCUCUUAAUAUCAAUAAUAAAAAAAAAAAUUUUAAAUUGCUAAUAAUAUUGAGUAUAAUAAUUGUAAUCUCUUUAUUAAAAUUGUAGAUUUACUGUAUAUAAAUAUUAAUCUGUUAUUUAAUUGUAUUAUAUGUAUUUUAUGCUUUUAUGGUAUUUUCUGUACAUGUGUUAAGUUAGUCAAAUGAAUUGUGAUUUUUUUUUUCCCAUUUAUUUUCUUAUUAAGUUAUAUUUGACCUUAAAGUGGAUGGAUAGAAAAAUAAAAAUGGAAUAGUUUGGUUUUACUUAUUUUUUGUUGAAUUUAGUGAUGGAAUUUUUAAUUUUAGUUAACAAAGAAAUUAUUAAAAUUUUAAAAAUUCUUAAUGUUUUUAAAAUCAAGCUUUUAUGUUUUUAGCAAUCAAAAUUGAUUUGAUUCACUACUUUAGAAAUUUAAAAAAUAUUUAAUAUAUUAUUUUUUUAUUAUAAAAAUGCAAAAAGCAUUUUAUUAAUCUAGAAUUUUUUUUAAUAAAAAAAAAUUAUAAAUAUACAAACAUUUUAUGAUUUGGAAAUUAUUUCUAAUUCUGUAAUUAAUCCAGGUGAGAUAGCUUAUUUUGUAGGAUUUGUUCCUCAUCAACUCUUUAUAAUCUGCGUAAAGGUGUUGAAACUAAUACAUGCUUUUCUCUUUUCUUGCCUUAAUUGCAUUUUCUAAUAUGAUGUAAAAUAAUUGCGCUUGAUGCCCAUCAAGAAUAAAUGAAAUGUGAACUUAAGCAAUAAAGGCAAGGUUGAGCAAUAAUUUACUCUCAGAUUAUUUUUCAUGUUGUUGGUAUAAUGUGAACAGUUUAUAUAAAGUAGUUAUUAUAACUUCUUUUCCAAAACACUUCAAGAUCUGUUAGAAGUGUUGUACAUUAAUUGUUAUAAUCAAUUUUAAAGUUGAUUUUAGUAUCAGAAAGAGAGAAAAAAUAGUUUUUGCAAAUGGUUGGUGGAAAGUGAAUUGCACGACUUUAUGUGUAUAUAAAUUGCUUUGAGGCAGUUUUAAAUUAUCAAUUGUACAUAAAUUUUUCUGCAUGUUUGAAUGUUUGCAUAUGUUUUUUGAGGAGUGUGUCAGAUAUAACCUUUAGUUGCCAAAUUUCAAAUAGAAUAUAUUUCAAGGAUUGCCUGCUGAUGUGUAUGAGACUUUAUAUUAUUUUAUGAAUUAGAGAUAUGAAGUGUUUAUGUAAUUAUCAACUAAUUAUUGAAAUAAACGAUAUUUGAUUCAAGGUGUUGAAUUUUAUUUUCAGUUAAUCUUUAUGAAUUCAGCAGUUGUUUCAUUGGAAACAUACUUUUCCAACUUAUAUUUUUUGUAGAAGUAGAUUACUUUUAUGAUGAUAGUGUUUAUCAUAUGAAUGAAAAUUUUAAACUCCAUAAUUAAUCAUUUUCUCUGUUCAUUAUUUGAUGUGAUGAUAUCAUCCCUCUUUCCCAAAUGCUUUUUCUCUAAAAAAUAAAGAAGCACUGCCAUUACUUUGCAUUUUAUAUCUGAAAUAAAAUUAUUAUAGAGGAUUAUAUAUGUAGUCUAUUAAAAAAGAUUUGUUGAUAUAAUAAAGAUAUUUUUUAAUUUU